AUGGUUCAGACAACCCCAGUGGGUCACGAGGCACUGGUCGUUCAGACAACCCCAGUGGGUCAGGAGGCUUUGCUUCAGCGAACACUGGCAGUUCAGACAACCCCAAUGGGUCGGAAUGCUUUGGUUCAGAGGACAAUGGUGAUUCAGAGAGCCCCAGUGGGUCAGGAGGCUCAGGGUCAGGAAGCACUGGAGGUUCACAGGGCUCUGGCGGCACUAAAUAGUCACACGGCUCUGGUAGCAUUGAGAAGUCACAUAGCCAUUCGUGGGGCUCAGCUGGUGGACAAGCUGGCAUCCGUGGCGGAGCACUGUCAGAGUAACCAGCUGAAGAAACUGAAGGAACUGAGUGAGAAAGAAAACAAAGACUUGAAGAAGAAGAUGGACAAGCAGCGUCAGGAGAAACUGAAUGAGGCUCGAGCACAGGGGAAAACACUGACGGAUGAGAGGAAGAUGGAGAUGAACAAAGCACAUGUGAAUGAGGUGGUGCAGGCCAUUCGGCGGCUGCAAGACGCUCAGGAUAAACGGCUGGAGAGUUUGCAGAAGAAACAUGAAGAGAUUAAACAGCAGAUCCUGGAGGAGAAGGCGAAGGAGGAAGAUUCACAGCAACUGGAAGUGAAUCAGACUUCUGAGGGUUCGGGCCAACAUCAUCAUCAUGAUCUUCAUCAUCAUCCUGUGAUUGACAGCAGUCUUCAGAGUCAGCUGGACCAGGAGUAUCAGGACAAGUUCCGGCGGCUGCCGCUGGAGAUCCAGGAGUUUGUGCAGGAAUCUGAAUCUGGAGUCCAGUCGAUCAGAGAUUCUGCUGCGGUGGAGAAGCAGAUGUCGGUGUGUGCAGAUGCAGAGGAGCGAGCGGUGUUCGACACCUCGCUCUGAGCACAGUUUACACUGCACACGCCGGCUAAUGUGCACCUUUAGUAUGACAACUGGAGGACUUACUUGAACAAAUAUAAUCUUCCUUUCUUACUUCUAAAACUCUUGGUUUUCAAAAGAACUGCUGCUUACGUGGGUUUAAAGUUGCAUAUGUAUGUUGAGGCAGACACGCGUGUGUUUAGAGGCUUCCCUUAAUGGUUUUUAAGGUAACUUUUAAUAUGACUGUUAUGAGGACUACUUACAGUAGGUCACGCUAACAUGGGUGUUCAUGGGGUAACAUGUAGAAUUUUAGACGUUUGAUAACUUUAUAUGAAUUUGUCUUACACACACACACACACACACACACACACACACACACACACACACAACAAUACUAUGUAUAACAACAAAUAGACAUCACAGUCUAGAGCAGGGGUGUCCAAACUCGGUCCUGGAGGGCCAGUGUCCUGCAGAUUUUAGCUCCAACUUGCCUCAACACCGCUGCAAAGAUGCUUCUAUAGCAGGGUUUACCAAUCUCGUUCCUGGAGGUCCGGUGCCCUGCAGGGUUUAGCUCCAACUUGCCUCAACACACCAGCCUGGGUGUUUCAAGUAUACCUAGUAAGACCUUUAUUAGCUAUUCAGGUGUGUUUGAUUAGGGUUGGAGCUAAAAUCUGCAGGACACCGGCCCUCCAGGAACAAGUUUGGUGAUCCCUGCUCUAGAAAGCCUAGUAAGAGCUUGAUUAGCUAGCCCAGGUGUGUCUGAUUGGGGUUGGAACUAAACUUUGCGGGAUACCGGCCCUCCAGGACCGAGUUUGGACACCCCUGGCCUAGAGGUAUCAAGUGAUUUAUUAGCAUGUACAGAAAUGCGAUGUUAAGGAUAACUUUCACUUUAUUUGACCUUUCAUAUGAAGCGACUUACACUGGACUCAUGUGCGCUGGAUCAGUUUACUCAUUCCCUAUGAAUCGAACCCUAACUUUGGUGUUAGCAGUGCCAUUAUCUACUGUCUGAUUAAUAAAGAUUCUGAUAUUACACAAUGCUGAA